CGCCACGGCCCCCGCGCCUUGCACCACCGGCAGCAGCGAGGCCAUCCCCAGCCUCGUGGCCAGCUCUGCCUCUGCCGUCACCUCCAAGGAAUCUUGAAACCACCAGUGGAACAUUUUUGAUGUCGUGGGUAAUGCAUAAAGCAGCAGCUUGGGAAGGCUGGGCGGGGAGAGGUACCCAAGGGUGUUGGAAGCACAAAAGACACUGCCCAUUAUAGUUUGAACAGUUCAGAAGCAAGCAAGGUGGGGCAUAUGCUGAGAUGUGGGAGUAGAUGUGGCUGGGAAGUGGCAUUAUCCCUUUUAUUUGCAGGGGGAUGGAGAAGAGGCAGACAGACCCUGCCUCUCCUGGGAGCGGGCAGUAUUUAUUGGGAAGGGAGAGCCGGAGGAAAAUUUCCGUAAUCAUGGAAGGAAUUCUCAAGCCCUGCUCUGCAUUCUUAUUGUUUUGGCUUUUUUUGCUGCCUGGACUCUCCCAACCCAGAGGACAGAUUCCUAUAAAAAUUGCAACAAGAAGUGAUAUCACUGUGGAAGUUGCAGUAGAGGGUAAAUUUUAUGUGUCAGCUUGGCUUGGCCGGGGAGGGACUGGGGGGCAAGAUAUUUAGCCAAAUGUUCUUCUAGGUGUGUCUGUGAGGCUAUUUCUGGGUAAGAUUAACAUUUGAAUCAGUGGCGUGAGAAGAGCAGAUGACCCUCCCUAAUGCGAGUGGGCCUCAUCUAAUCAGUUGAAUGUCUGAAGAGAACAGAAAGGCUGACCCUCCCACAAAUAAGAGGGAACUCCUCCUGCCUGACCACUUGAGCUGGGACAUAGGUUUUUUUCCUGCCUCCAGACUCAAAACUGAAACAUCAGCUCUUCUUAGGCCUCGAGCCUGCCAGCUUUUGGACCAGAACUCAUAGCAUUGGUUCCCCUGGGUCUCCAGCUUGCCAACUGCAGAUCUCGGGACUUCUAGGCCUCCAUAACUGCAUGAGCCAAUUCUCUAUUAAUUAAUCAAUCUCCUAUUGGCUCUGUUUCUCUGGACAACGUUGAUUGACUAAUACACAUGGCAUUAAUAAAGCAGGGACUGAAAUAUUACAAUCUUUCCUGAAUUCAUAACCUGACCAUAUCAGCUGUGUCCACUAUGAGAGAAAAGGGUCAUUGAAUCCCCAAAGUGUUCAGCGUGUGGCCAGUGGCCCCAGAAAGCUCUCUGGCCACACCUCUCUGCUGAGAAUAUCAGAGGCCAUGAAUGGAAAUGAGGAGAAAGUAACACGAGAGGGAGGGAAACGGCCUCACCUGCCUGUCUCACCUGGCACCUCCAGGCUCCUCCCACCUAGAAUGCCCCUUGGAAGAGCAAAGGACUCAAGCAGAGUCGGCCUGAUACCCAAGCCCAGCUCCAUGUCCCCCAUUCCCAGCCGGCCUGGCCUCCCAGGGGUGGGUAUGGUCCUGCUAAACUCUGGGAAAUAAAAACUAACAUUAUCCACAUGCUCUUGACACCCUUUUACUGUGAUUGAGACCCAGGUCCAUGGAAGAGUCCCUCCCACCUCCUCAGAACUGCUUUGGUAGGAAAACAGAAAACCCUCUAGCACCCUCAGGCAGCUGUCCUCUCUCUAACUGCAUCUCCCCCAGGUGGCCCUCGGCCACAGAGAGGUCCUGACUGUUUUCUACCUGCACAGCCUCUGUUUUGGCCCAGGUGACAGGGCCCUGGGGCUGGUGGGAGGGGCAGGGAGAGGCCACAGGGCUCACACCCUGGACCGGAAAUUGAGAGGAGUUAAAAGUCCUGCCUGAGAGACUGGAUAUCACCUGGCACCCACACCCAAUGGUCAGUUGUGGUCUGGGGGUUCGUUUAUGGGGUCCAUAUGGGGUGGGGGCCCCAGUUGGUCCAGAGUCUACCAUCUACUCAGGCACUGUUACCAAGAAUGAAAAUACUGCCAGGCUUUAUAGCUCAACAGUUAAGCACACAGGUUUUCUAAUCAGACCCAGCUUCACGUCUCAACUCUACUUUGUUAGCUGUAUAACUUUGAGCAAGUUAAGUAACCUCUCUGAGGCUCACCUGUGAACCUGGUUAUGAGGAGUAGAUUAGAUUAUGAAGUAAAGAAUUUGGUUCUGUACUUAAUAAAGUUAGUGCUCAAUGAAAUUUUGUUAUCAUUUUCCUAUUUAGAUCAUCAGCAUUUCUCACUAGUUAUAUUAAUACCCACAAGAUUUGGAGUCUCAGCAAAUAACAUCAUCCCGUCCAUGAAAAUGGUGCUAAAAGCCCCCGGCAUCUCCAAAGCAGACAAUCAGUCCCAGGGACUCACGACCAGCAUCCGGUGGGGGCAGACGCCCAUCAAUCAGUCCACGCCUUGGGACACUGAUGAGCCGCCCUCCAAACAGAUGAGGGAGAGUGACAAUCCAGGCACAGGGCCGUGGGUGACCACAGUGGCCUCCGGGAGCCAGUCCGCCCUGAUCGCACACUCCUACGGAGUGGCCCAGCCUCCCACCUUCAGCCCGGCUGUGAACGUCCAGGCGCCGGUCAUUGGGGUGACCCCUUCACUGCCUCCCCACGUGGGGCCCCAGCCCCCGCUGAUGCCAGGCCACUACUCACUGCCACAGCCGCCCUCUCAGCCGCUGAGCGGCGUGGUGGUCAACAUGCCGGCCCAGGCCCUGUACGCCAGCCCGCAGCCCCUGGCUGUUUCCACGCUGCCCGGCGUCGGGCAGGUGGCCCGCCCAGGACCCACCACCGUGGGCAAUGGCCACAUGGCAGGUCCCCUGCUGCCUCCACCGCCGCCGGCCCAGCCGUCUGCCGCUCUCCCCAGCGGUGCCCCUACCACCAAUGGGCCCCCCACGUCAGACUCGGCCCACGGGCUGCAGAUGCUACGGACCAUUGGCGUGGGGAAGUAUGAGUUCACCGACCCCGGGCACCCCAAAGAAAUGUUGAAGGAAUUGAACCAGCAGCGCAGAGCGAAAGCGUUUACAGACCUGAAAAUUGUUGUUGAAGGCAGAGAGUUUGAAGUCCACCAAAAUGUUCUAGCUUCCUGCAGCUUGUAUUUCAAGGACCUGAUUCAAAGGUCGGUGCAAGACGGCAGCCAGUGCGGCCGGGAGAAGCUGGAGCUCGUCCUGUCCAACCUGCAGGCCGACGUCCUUGAGCUGCUGCUGGAGUUUGUCUACACGGGCUCCCUGGUCAUCGACUCAGCCAAUGCCAAGACCCUGCUAGAGGCAGCCAGCAAGUUCCAGUUCCACACCUUCUGCAAAGUCUGCGUGUCCUUUCUCGAGAAGCAGCUGACGGCCAGCAACUGCCUGGGGGUGCUGGCCAUGGCCGAGGCCAUGCAGUGCAGCGAGCUCUACCACAUGGCCAAGGCCUUUGCGCUACAGAUCUUCCCCGAGGUGGCGACCCAGGAGGAGAUCCUAAACAUCUCCAAGGAUGACUUCAUCGCCUACAUCGCCAAUGACAGCCUCAACACCAAGGCCGAGGAGCUAGUGUACGAGACCGUCAUCAAGUGGAUCAAGAAGGACCCCGCGUCCCGGGCGCAGUACUCGGCGGAGCUCCUGGCAGCGGUCCGCCUCCCCUUCAUCCACCCCAGCUACCUGCUCAACGUGGUUGACAACGAGGAGCUGAUCAAGUCAUCGGAAGCGUGUCGGGACCUGGUCAACGAGGCCAAACGCUACCACAUGCUGCCACACGCCCGCCAGGAGAUGCAGACGCCCCGAACGCGGCCCCGCCUCUCAGCAGGUGUGGCCGAGGUCAUCGUUUUGGUUGGGGGCCGCCAGAUGGUGGGGAUGACCCAGCGCUCGCUGGUGGCCGUCACCUGCUGGAACCCGCAGAACAACAAGUGGUACCCCCUGGCCUCACUGCCCUUCUAUGACCGCGAGUUCUUCAGUGUAGUGAGUGCCGGGGACAACAUCUACCUUUCAGGUGGGAUGGAAUCAGGGGUGACGCUGGCCGAUGUCUGGUGCUACAUGUCCCUGCUCGAUAACUGGAACCUCGUCUCCAGGAUGACGGUCCCCCGCUGUCGGCACAAUAGCCUUGUCUAUGAUGGGAAGAUUUACACCCUCGGGGGACUUGGCGUGGCAGGCAACGUGGACCACGUGGAGAGGUAUGACACCAUCACCAACCAAUGGGAGGUGGUGGCCCCUCUGCCCAAGGCGGUGCACUCGGCAGCAGCCACAGUGUGUGGAGGCAAGAUCUACGUGUUUGGGGGCGUGAACGAGGCGGGCCGAGCUGCAGGCGUCCUCCAGUCUUACGUUCCACAGACCAACACAUGGAGCUUCAUCGAGUCCCCGAUGAUUGACAACAAGUACGCGCCCGCUGUCACCCUCAAUGGCUUCGUUUUCAUCCUGGGUGGGGCUUAUGCCAGAGCCACCACUAUCUAUGACCCUGACAAAGGGAACAUUAAGGCGGGUCCCAACAUGAAUCACUCUCGCCAGUUCUGCAGUGCUGUGGUACUCGAUGGCAAGAUUUAUGCGACUGGAGGCAUUGUUAGCAGUGAGGGGCCUGCCCUGGGCAACAUGGAAGCCUAUGAGCCUGCAACCAACACGUGGGCCCUCCUCCCCCACAUGCCCUGCCCCGUGUUCAGACACGGCUGCGUCGUGAUAAAGAAAUAUAUUCAAAGCGGCUGACAUCAGCG